AUGACCUUGGUGACUGAACCCCCAAAAGGUACCAAAAUCCUCCCAGGCAAAUGGGUCUACGACAUCAAACAAGAUACCGAAGGGUAUGUCUUGGAAUUCCGAGCCAGAUGGGUCGUAUGUGGCAACCGCCAAAGUCCUGGCGUAGACUUCCAACCUGACGAAAGAUAUGCCCCGGUUGUCUCAGAUGCGUCAGCCAAUUGUUUAUUACCAUGGCGCUAUCCGCAAUUGGAAAAGGAACAGUGGGAUGUAAUUGGAGCCUACCUCAAUGCCGCGAUAGACAACCGCAUCAUAUUCAUGAAACAACCAACUGGACAUGAACAAUUUGGCCCAAAAGGGUGCCUAUGCCAAAAUGAUGGGAAAGAUCGGUUGGCUCUCAAUCAAAAUGCGCCCGGAUAUUGCAGCGACCGUGUCCAAACUACAGCGCCGCAACGCACACCCGAGAAAGAUGAUAUGGUGGCGUACAAAGUUUUGUUGCAAUACCUUGCAGGCACCACAAAUUUAGGAAUCCCAUUUGGAAAAGAACCCUCAAAGGGUCUGGAAGGAUUUGUCGACUCAUCGUACGCUGAUGCAGAGGAUGGAAAAUCUACCGAAGCAUACAUUUGGUUCUUUGCUGGUGCCCCAAUCUCAUGGAGCUCAAAAAGACAAGACAUCGUGGCAGCCUCAUCGACUAUGGCCGAAUACUGUGCCCUUGCGACCGCAGCGAAAGAGGGACUUUACCUUGCCAAAAUUGCUGCUGACCUUUUACUUAUGCCCCCAUUGAACCAAGAUGAAGAAUUCGACAAAAAUAUCCCAAUCACCCUAUUUUGUGAUUCCGACAAUGCCAUCACGACCGUCAUGAACCCCAAAGUCAGCCCAAAAAUUAUCCUGGAUCAGCACGAGAUACCAUUUGAUCAGAGACCUCAUUAA